AAUGCCUUGUUGCUAGGAGACGGAGGAAACUUCGCAGAAGCGCUUGGGACAGAUAAUACCACCAUGCCGAAGAAAGGUAGAAAAAAGUCUGGCAGGUUAAGCCGUAUGACUGAAGAGGAGAGGUUACUCUACAUGCAACAGAAGAUGAUGGCAGAGGAGGAACAGAAUAAAAAGAAGGAAGACAUGUUGAUGCAGUUCCUAAAGGACAAACUUGCUAAAGAGGAACAAAACAGCAAAAUUAAUAUGAACAAGCUGAAUGUACAAUGGCGUGCAGUACUGCGGGAGGUGAAGGCCACGGAGCUGCGCAGAGAUAUAGAGAUUCUCCAUCAGACAUUUGAAAGAGUUGUGGACUGCAAGGACCACGUCAUCAAGUCUCUAAUAAAAGACAUUGAUGAAGCGGAGGAGCAGUACACGCAUGCUCUGCGCAGUCACCUCCAGAACAUUGACCAGUUAUUGGAGCUGCAGAGAGAGCGCCUUGAUCUGCUGCAGGAGGAGUAUCAACAGGAGCUGGACACUAUACAGAAGGAGUUUGAUACGGAGAGGAAGAUGAUCAUUGAGCAGAGUGAGAAGGAGAUGUCAUUUCUACAGAACGUGAUGCUGACUAUGGAACAGAAUACGCUUGAAAGUGAGAAUGAGGGGAAACAAGAAUUUCAGAGUAUGAGGGAUGAGAUCAAAAACAAGAGUUUAGAGGAGAAACAUUCCCUUCGUGUACUUCUGGAGGGAACAGUGGAGGACCUGUGGAAACAGUUCCAGCAAGCCUUGAAUAACUACACAAAGGCCACCGAGGACCGCAAAAUUGCGUUUGAAACGUUAAAAGCAAAAGAUGAAACAAGUGCUGAAGAAAUUGCUUACCAGAUGAAAAAGCUUCAGAAGAUUCAGGAAACUAUUACAACCUUGAGGAAUAAGAUUGCAACUCAUGCUCGUGAAAGUGAUGAGCAGAACCGACAACUACGGGAGGAUAAGGAAGUGGUGCACAAGCAGUUCCAGAAGCUAAAAGGCCAGAUGAACCAAGCAAGAGCUGCAGAGCAUAGUCACCUGACCACUCUGACUGUGCAGAGCAAUGCUGCGCUAAAGCAGCUUAAUAGAGUUAUAGAGAAGGGAGAGCAGGUUCUCCGCUUGUCAGAAAUGUGUCGUAAGCUGGAAACCGAAGAAGAGAAAGUGCUGCCGUUCUACCCAUCUUCCUUAAGUGAUGCAGAGAGGGAGGAGGCUGAGAGAGUCAACAUGGAGAAACCUUCUGAGCAGCUGGCACAGCUGAUGUUGGACUACACCGCACUGGACCAGUUCUGGAAACGGUACAACAAGGUUCUCCUUGAACGCUGGGCACUUGAUCGUGAGAAGACUGUCCUUUCUCAGGAUAACCAGAAGCUGCGGGUUUUGCUGAAGCAGUACCUGGAUGGCAUCUCUGUGAGCGAUGAGGUCCUUACCCAACACAACUCCCUACUAAUUCUCAACAACCGCAGCAACUUGUCCCAGAAAGUUGCCCCACAAGUUCCUGUUACUGACAAGAGGGUUCAGCGCCCUGUCCAUAACAUCAUCGAAGCUGCUCAUGUGGUCAGCCGUACACUGUGACCAGACUUGUGCUUUUAACUAACUUUAUACUGGGAGUGGGCAUCUGAGGUAGAAUAUAUAUAAACCUGUUCGCCUUUACAAUGGUGUGAUUCAUAAAAGAUCUGUAAAGCUGUACAAAUCCCAGGUAUAUUGGUACUCUCUUUCCAGAAAACCAUUGCAAAUAAAAACAAUG